CGUUGUAGCCGGAUACAUACCGACGAAUGAGAAUUAUCCUCGGGUGGUGGAAUUAUUACAAUCGCGAUAUGGAGACUCUAGGGCAUUAAAGGAAUCGUUACAAGCAGAAUUGUGUCACCUUGCGCCGGCUAAUGAUUCAGUGAUGGGGCUGAGGAAAUUUCUGGAUACAAUUGAGCGUGUUUGCCGCCAGUUGGGGGAUUAUGGGAUCCAAGACGACUCCUGGAUCAUAUUCACUAUAAAGGAAAAGUUACCCAGAGGAAUAUUGGCCAAACUGAUCGAAAAAGAAAGAAUGGCAAAGCAAGGCUGGAAGGUCGAAACCUGGAGGUCGGAACUUGACAUGCUUAUCUCGGUAAAGGAGGAAGUGCAAAGAUGCACACUCAACAAGGAACCAGAAGGACUGCAGCGAAGGGAUAGACGCCCAUUCCACAACCCUGAGCCUACUCGUUCUUUUCCAGUGGCAAGCCAGCCUAAAAAACCAUGUUGCUCUUUAUGCCAAGGAAAUCAUUAUCCGAGCAAAUGUAUCAAAUAUGGAAAUCCGCAAGCGAGAAAGGACCGCCUAAUUGAACAGAACCGUUGCUUGAAGUGCUUAAGAGAGGGUCACCGAGCCAAUGACUGCCCGAACCGCCGUUGCUGUAGUAAAUGCCAGGGACCGCAUCACUUUUUAGUAUGCUUUUCUCGAGAUGCAAGGAACCACAACAGGCCCAAAUUUGGUGGAUUUAACCAGAGGACGUCCGUUCAGCCCAGUCGACCUACACCAGUUUCUAAGCCAAAACAAUUCACCCAGUCACAUCCAAUCUGGGAAAGGAGAGACCAACCGUAUGCUAUUGAGCGUGGGACAAAAUGCGACGCCAAAUUGCCAGCGCCUAAAGAAAACUCCGUGGUGGCUACAGUAAUGGAUGCUAAGAAUAAACCUACUGCCUACCUGAUGACAAAAAAAUUAAUGGUUAGUGCUAGAGGGCGUAAGGAAAAAAUCCCCGUCUAUGUAUUCUUUGACACGGGAAGCCAGACGAGUUUUGUUUCUCGCCGACUAGUGGAAAAGCUCAACCCGCCUAGAGGCCGCGAAGUUGACCAAUUGGAAAUUCAUGGAUUUGGAGGUGCACUAUCUAACCCGCUAAAAAUUCUAUCGCCUACGUACUUGAUAAAAAUCCAAAGAACCGAUGGGAAUUGGGAAGAAAUGGCUUUAAAUUGCACUGAGGAAAUCGCAACUCCAUUUGAUAUGCUAAAUGUGGACGAGACGUACUUUUCUAAUCAUAAUGAAUUUGAGAUCGUAAGGGAAAAGCCAGAUAUUAUGAUUGGGAUUAGACAAUUUUGGAAAUUCUUUGUGUCAAAAGGGAAAGAAAUAUUGCCUGGUCUUCACUCCAUCCGAACUGUUUUUGGCACGAUGACAGCUGGCGAAACUAACUUUGGCCAUAAUUCUGAUAAAGCGUCCAUGUCUUUGGUAGCAGUACAUUCGAGUAAUGAGGAACACCUUCCAACUCCUAGUGCCGUAGAGGAUUUUUGGAAUCUGGAGUCACUUGGUAUAAAAGAAAAUCCCUCGCAAAAUGAUGAUGAUGUGGCCACAAAGCUCAUUGAAAAAUCGAUUACCGUAACCAAUGAAGGAAGAUAUUCGGUUCGAUGGCCGUGGAAGGAGGAAAAUCCCAAACUGGACUCAAACUUUAAAAUGGCUUAUAGUCGACUCAUGUCCGUUCUUGAGGGCCUCAAAGGAUCGGAUAUAUUGGAAAAAUAUGACACUCAAAUCAAAAAUCAGUUAGCUGAGGGGAUCAUUGAGGAAGCAGACCGGAACCCUAAUGGAUUGGAACAUUAUUUACCCCAUCAUGGUGUUGUGACCCAUAAAUUGCGAAUUGUAUAUGAUGCGAGUGCUCAUCGAAGAGGAAAUCCAUCACUAAACGAGUGCUUAUACCGAGGGCCUGUGCUGUUGCCUGACUUAGCUGGUUUGUUACUACGCUUCCGUUGCCCAAAGUACCCUGUUCUGGCUGAUAUACAAGCUGCUUUCCUGACAAUAGAACUCGAGCCUGAUCAACGCGAAGUUUGCAAAUUCUUAUGGAUGAGGGAUGUAAAGCAACCCGUUUCCUCGACGAACCUAAUUGUUUAUCGCAUAUGUCGGGUAGGAUUUGGGAUUAUCUGCAGCCCAGCGAUCCUUGCAGUGGUCAUCCGCCAUCACCUGGCCAAAAAUGCUAAAUUGGAAAUGGCUAACAAUCUCUAUGUCGAUAAUCUAUUAUUGGAAUGUGAAACCAUAGCGGAGGCAGACACGAAAUGUACCGAAGCGAAAGAAAUAUUUGCCCAAGCAAAAAUGAACUUAAGAGAAUUUAUUUCUCAUUCACCGCAAGUUAUGAACUCAAUCGCGAGCGAUGACCGUUUAAAGGUAGAGCAGUAUGCCAAGGUGUUGGGAAUGAAAUGGCAGCUUGAGUCUGAUGGUAUCCACUUCGAAUUCCCCGGACUAAAAGGAAAUGUACCAUCUCGUCGUUCGAUUUUGAGUGUGUUGGCAAGUGUCUAUGAUCCGAUGGGAUUGGUCUCUCCGUGUCUUCUACCUGCGAAAUGCCUUUUUCAAGACUCUUGGAAUAACGCUAAAGAUUGGGACGAUGUGUUGCCAGACUCUAUUGCCACAAGAUGGAAAGCUAUUUUAACUGAUUGGGACCAAAAGAGCAUCGACGUACCAAGAAAGAUUAUUGUAGAAACGGGGGCUAAUUUGGAACUUCAUACUUUUGUGGGCAAUCCAGGAGAAUUGGGGUCCCUGCGGAAAAAAAGUUUAAAAAUAAGAAAAAGGAGUUUUCUAGUAAAAAAAUAUGCUGAUCACGAAUCUGAACUCAGAUUUUGA